UGCAGUGACAAUUGUCGACGCCCUCUAGUGUCGUGUCUCCAGCACUUGUCCUGGCACGCCGAUCCCCGCCCGCUGAUUUACCCUGGGCGGAACCCCUGCUGCAGUGAAGCUGGCCGACGACGGUCCCGUUGCGCAAACAGACUGUCUGCCCUCGACGGCUACCGCGUCUGUCGCUGCCAAUCGCCAUCUGGCACUUCACCUCGUCGACGCCGCCCACGACUGCUCACCACUGCGCGCGCCCGAGCCCGUCCCCUCGCCCUCCAAUUCCACCCUCGCGCCCCGGACCCCUCCCGUUCGCCUGUCGCCGUCGACGUCGACCUGACCUCGACCUCGCAGCAGCAGCAGCAUGGAGUCGCCCACCUACCCCGAGUCGCCGCUGGACCAGGACGAUGUCGUGUAUCCGUGCAAGGGGUGCGGCGAGAUUCUCGAGGAGGGCAAGGCCUUUGAGCUCGCCGGAAACCGAUGGCACAUCGACUGCUUCCGCUGCAACACGUGCGGCACGCUCCUCGACUCGGACGCGAACCUGCUGCUCCUCGGCGACGGCUCGCUGAUCUGCAACAACUGCACCUACAGCUGCAACCACUGCGGCAACAAGAUCGAGGACCUGGCCAUCCUCACGGGCGACCAGGCCUUCUGCGCGAAUUGCUUCAGAUGCAGGAACUGCAAGCGCAAGAUCGAGAACCUGCGCUAUGCACGCACCUCGCAGGGCAUCUUCUGCAUGGCCUGUCAUGAGUCGCUCAUGGCUCGCCGGCGCAAGAAGUCGAAGAAACCACCAGCCCCAGCGGCGCCAAAAGUGGACAAGUCCCUGCCCGCAUUGCCUGGCCAGGACCAGCCCCAGCAGCGCACCACUUUUACUCCAGAUGUGGAGACGCCCUCAGAGAUAUACUCGGAGCCUCCAACCACCAACACCUCUCCCAGGCUGCCCCAACCAAGGAGGGGCGACACGUCUUCCAGCUACAGGCGCGAUGCAUCCCCAGCAGCGAGUGAUCUCACCAGAAGAGACAAUCUCACCCUCCCAGCCACGACCUACAGCAAAACCAACACUCACGUCGAGACCCCAGACGCCGCUGACGAUGGCAUUAUGCUCCCCUUCGCCCUUGAUCCUAACCCUGCGCCCGGCCCAUCACCGCUCAGCAGGUCGAGCAGACAUUUUGGCGAUCGGCCAGUGACACUCACUCAAUCAAUAGGCAACGACAGAAGAAGCGGACGCGACUACUUCAACAGACCGACGGCGGAACACCGGGAAAAGCUGAAAGAGAACAACACUCGACCAGCUUCUACAGAGCGGCGACCGCCGAGCCCGCAUAUCGCCUACCAAGAGAAGGGAAGACAACAAUCUGAAAAUCUAGUGGAGACGCUGAAGAAGCGGAAAGAUGCCGCAGCUGAGGCUUCUUCUGGCACGGAACGGUCUCGAAGUCAGCAUGCCUCCCCUGUACCCUCGCAAGUAUCGGAUCCGUUCAAGCUACAGGACGUACCACAGAACAAAAAGACAGAGGUGAAGCGCAGGAAUUCAGAAUCCAUAACUCCACCCCAGUCGUCACACCAGCCGCAACAGCAUGCCCCCACCACGGACAUGUCCGCCCGACUAAGUCGUCCCCUUAUGGAGCCGAUGACUUUCACGUCCUCUCCGCCCACUGGUACGCAGGAUUCGCCGGAUACGUCAGGUUCUUCCUUUAGUUCUACUCAGCGAGUCGAGCGACCUGCCCGCGGAGACUCACUCAAUCCUUCAUCACAGAAGCCCCCCGCUAGAGGUGACAAGUCCAUGCUGUCACCCACGUCAACAAUUCUUGAGCGCACAUCGCCUGCAGCCGCAGCGACAGCAAAUCUCAAUGCGGGUCUAGGUAUCAGUAGCCCUCUGGAAUCCCUUUCUUCCAAGUCCUAUUCCGAUACUCCUGUGCCUCCUGCUCGCUCUGCUGGAAGGCCUGCGCCGCCUACUACAGACACGUACACAUCGCCACGCGCCCCACCCCAUCCACCAGCAGCACAAUCUUCCAAGAAUGUUGACACUGCAAGUAGCAUAAAUAGCGAAGGCUCGCGAGAUGUUUUCCCUCCAGGUGUCCUUCCACGCUAUAGCGCUCAGGGCGACUUCUCUAUGGAUGAAGACUUUGCGCGUUUGCUCGGUGGCCAAGAGAAUAAAGACGACAAAGACAACGGCGUUUUCCGAAGAGUCUCUAAUGCUGUGUCGAAGCAUGGGCGCAGUUUCAGCGAUCGUGGAUCAGUCAACUCGCGAGGCCACAAAAAGUGGCCUACCAAUGGCUCUGUAGACAUCAGUAGCCCCACGGUUGCUUCGCCAGACUCGAAGGAGGAAAGCGUGAAUUUGCGAAACGAAUUGCGCCGUGCUCAACAGAAGAUUGCAGAACUUGAAGCGGCCAAGAACGGACUUGAGGAAUCUCUAAAUAGCGCCGCGGACAUUCGUCAGGCGAAUACUGUCUUGAGAGAAAAGCGCAACACCAUGGCGGUCUUAGACACGCAACGCGAAAUGAUCAUUCGAGAAUUGGAGAUCAUGACCGAUCACCUCAAGCGGACGAAAGAGGGCAACAGCUCCAUGGACAUCAACCAGCUCAAAUCAGAUGUCGUCAAAGACUUCGCGACGUCUUUGCAAAAGCUCAAAGACCAACUUGGAAAUCAGAUCGAAGAAUUGAUCACCAAGAGGGCCGAGCUGACCGACGAGAUCUCCAACUUGAUACAGAUGAAAGACAAAGGGUUCCAAGAAUAUGAGACACUCACUGCUCAAAACACCAAAAUGGCUGCCAUGUACCGAGAUCUCGUGGACAACAUACAAAAGACGUACCAAACCAACAAGAAGAGUGCUCCGAACUUCGACCCCCCAGCAAACGGACUUGGCAUAUACAACGUGCAACACAAGGGCGGCAAGUCAGAACUGUCGGUCGACGCGCACGGUAUCACUCACGAUCAUUCAUUCUCAAAUCUGCAUGAGGCGGACAGUGAAGCUACUCUGGCCCAGCCGCAGGUUGUUAACAUCAGGAAACCAGGAAAGGCCAACAAGUUUUCCACGUGGAAGAAAGGUGGCCAGGCAAUCAAGACCAACGUCACCAAAGGCUUCAAAGGAGCAUUUGGUUCAGAAUCAACAAAGCCGGACGAGUAUAACAGCAUCAAGGUUAUUGGGACGCCAUACGGAUCUGUCCACACUCAACCAGACCUCGCUUCAAUGUCUAGUUCUGUCAGAAGUAGAGAGGACCAGCAAGCACAAAAGGGCUGGUUCGGUGCUGGCAAACCUGGCCCUCCAGGUAGACAGUAUCCACCAAAUGAUCGCUUUAGAACGGCGAUGCAGAACAACAGCAGCACCAACGUGGCCGCCGACGCUAGUACUGUCCUCUUUGGUUCGGACUUGAGCGCUCGGUGCGAGUUCGAGAAGCAGAUGAUUCCAAGGAUUGUCAGCCGGUGCAUCGAAGAGGUUGAGUUGCGAGGCAUGGAUGUUGAAGGAGUCUACCGCAAGAGUGGAGGUACUUCCCAAGUCAACCAGGUUCGCAGCGGCUUCGAGUCUGACAACGAGCACGACAUUUCGGAUCCCGACUUGGACAUACAUGCAGUUACGUCCGCCAUGAAGAACUACUUCCGCAGACUUCCCGUGCCGUUGAUCACUUUCGACGUAUAUGACCAGUUCCUAGAAGCAGGCCUACUCGAGGAUAAUGACGCACAAAUAAAGGCAUUGAUCGCCGCUGUCAACGAGAUUCCCAAGGCUCAUCGCGACACACUUCAAUUCUUGGUGUUCCACUUGUCACGGGUCAUCCAGCGCGCCAGCGACAACUUGAUGACCCCAUUGAACCUCGCUGUCGUUUUCGCUCCAACCAUCAUGAGGCCUAUGGAUAUUCAACGCGAACUCACCGACGUUUCACAACAACGUAUCGCUGUUCAAGCUCUUUUGGAGAACUACAAGACCGUGUUCGGCGAGGAUUAGAUUCAACAGAUCUGGUUGUAGCCAUAUGUUUUCUAUCGUGACCUCACGCGUUCCACCACCGACAUUGCAUCCAUAAAGUCAAUUUCUCGAUUUCAGAGCAUAGUUCUGCAUCCGACGACCCGAGACGUUGAGCGGUUUUGUCUUCUUCCCAUCUCCAAUUUGCGAUCUUUACUCUUGAUGCUUAUUCAUUGAGCCUUGUGAUAUUGAUGAGCUAGAUACUCCCGAGUUGUUCUCUGGAUUUCUCUGUUUUGUAUCAUAUGAUUGGCGUAUAUGCAUGGAUGGAGGGAGAAGUUGUCACCGUGCCGUUGAGGGCUGCUUGUAAUGCGGCUUUGAAUGAAACUCAAACUGCCCGUGCUCUGCUUUGUUCUAGU